CAGUGCCAGGCCAAGUGUUUGAUUGUGAGCUAUGGGUUAUUAUGGGGAAAUAGGAUGGGUUGCAUUUUAUUCUUUUAAUCAGAUUCGUGUUUUUUAUAAGUGGCGUCGCAAAAACAUGACAAAAACAUUCGCUUUUUCAUUGAUGUGAGCUGUAUCGAUGAUGUUCAAGCCCAGCAGUGAUCAAUGUAAUGUGCUGUUGUGCACUGAAAUAGCCCACCAUUAGGAACAGAUAGCCAGCCCCGGUGAUCACGUGGUGCAGGGUGCUGCAACGUCACUACUAGGGCAUAGAUUGGGAAGAAGAAGCAGACAGAGGCGAAGAGACCCGGAGCUGCAGCACUUUCUCGGCGUUGGCAUCCAUCCUUCCUCUUGUUUUCCUGUUUUUGUUUUUCUUUUCCUGGCCAGACAGAGAACAGAAUAUCUGUUCAACAUUUUGCAAACCCAAAUGCCCGGUCCCACCCAAGCCCUUUCCCCAAAUGGAGAGAAUAACAACGACAUCGUCCCGGACAACGGAACCAACAUCAUUCCUUACAGGAAAAAUACAGUGCGAGGGGAGCGCGCCUACAGUUGGGGGAUGGCGGUCAACGUAUAUUCUACCUCAAUUACCCAGGAGACUAUGAGCAGGCAUGACAUCACUGCCUGGGUGAACGAUAUCCUCUGCCUAAAUUAUACGAAAGUGGAGCAACUCUCCUCAGGAGCUGCGUAUUGCCAGUUCAUGGAUCUUCUCUUUCCCGGCUGUAUCAGUCUUAAGAAGGUGAAGUUUCAAGCUAAACUGGAGCAUGAGUACAUUCACAAUUUCAAGCUGUUACAAGCAUCGUUCAAAAGGAUGAAUGUGGACAAGAUCAUUCCUGUGGAGAAACUGGUCAAAGGCAGAUUUCAGGACAAUCUUGAUUUCAUCCAGUGGUUUAAGAAGUUCUUUGACGCCAACUAUGAUGGUAAAGAAUAUGACCCAGUUGAGGCAAGACAGGGUCAGGAUGCCAUCCCACCACCUGAUCCUGGUGAGCAGAUCUUCAACCUUCCGAAGAAGUCGCACCAUGCAGCCAGUUCCCCUACCGCAGGAGCAUCAAAAUCAACCUCUACAACCCCUAAGUCAGCAACACCAACAUCCCGACCUUCAUCAGCCAAAAAGAUCCCUGCACCACAAACUCCGAGCAAAGGAGAGAAAGAACUGGAAGCACAGGUCACACAGCUAACCGAUCAGGUGAAUGAAUUAACGUCAGCACUGGAGGGCGUGCAGGGCGAGAGGGACUUCUACUUCAGUAAGCUGCGAGAUGUGGAGAUGCUUUGCCAUGAUCACAAUGAAGAAAAUGCUUCACUUGUGCAGCAGAUACUGGAGGUCCUUUAUGCUUCAGACGAGAAGGACAAGGCAGAGGGGGCCGAAGGUGAUGGGCAGGAAGAAGAAGAGCAAGCAAAUGUGGACACGGUAAACGAUCAGGAGGAACAGGAUGAAUACUGACUUCCACCCUCUGUCUCCACAGUUACAUCCGUCUUUUUAAUAUGUGAGAACUGUUGAAUGGAUUUUUUUGUCUCAUGGUUUAUGUUUUUGUUCUCCAAGACUGAGCACACAAAGCAACCCCCCGAAUAGAAGCACCAUCAGGUUUUUUCUUAUUUUUUUUGUAUCCCUCUGCUCACUGCUCGAUGUUUUCUGUGACUUUUGGUGAACUGCUGUGGCAGGCUUUCAGUGAUGUCCUCCACCAGCAGACAAGCUCCGACCAUCACACAAGUUUCCAAGGACUUUAUGUGUACAGGAAACAAAAAAAGUCAAUUCAAAUCAUGUUGUAGAUGUGACGUAAUGCUAAUGUUUAGACAGGUAACGGUUACCUGCCAGUGCAAGUGUUAACUUCCCAGCUUUUAUCCUAUUUUAAUUGUUUUUGUUUUAAUUUAGCAUAUCAACAAUAUUAUCCACCUGAAUGCAAUAAGCAAAGCCCUGAAAGGGCUCAUAGUAGCUCUUAUUUAACCUCCCUCCAUACAUUGCACUGAUAUUUGACUCUGUAUUGGACAAUCUGUCCAUAGACCUUCACCAUAUUUAUUAUUGUAAAGCCUUAGAAAUUGUGUAAGAUUCUGAAUUGCAACUUCAUGAAGGAGGACGAUACAUUAUUGUGAAUAAAAAUGUAGUGUAUGAUGCCAACGUAUGACUCUUUGACACCUGUUCUUUGCAAAUUACACAACAUGUCCGAUAAUCUGUACGCUCCACAGUGUGUGUCACAGAAACAGUCAUGUGGACUAGUCUUACUAUAAUGCAGCUUUUAAGUUCAAAUCUCGUCCGGAGCCUUGGGUGUGUCAAGAUUCCAGCUGUUUGGUUUAUCGAGGGGUUUAUUAUUUUUUAAUCAUAGGUCUUAGUGAUAUGGCUCAGUUCAUUGAGUAAUUCUGUCAUACUGUAUUCCAGUAAGUACAUUUAUAUCCUUUCUUAAUAGUGCAUUUACUAAUAUUGAACUGGGCAGCGCACCAUGGCGCUUUGGUCAUAUAUUAUUGUGUAAAUGAAAAGGAAUGUAAACGUGUACUGUCAAUAAUUAAUGAAUGGUUAUUUCUUUUUCAUGUCCCACUCAUUAUGCAUUCCCCCCGAAAAUGUUGUUGCAUGUUUGCAUUUUAUUUGUGAAUAACUUGAUCGGCUUUUUACUUAUUUAAUAAAAAACAAAACACAAUGUGUAAAGUGAGCUUUUGUACGUUUGAAAUGCUGUUGGAACAGUGUUGCACUUGACCAUUUUGCUGAAAUAAAACUACAUUGAGAGUCUA